AUGCUGGCUGUCAAAGGCGGUGGCGGCGGCAAUCGCAACGCGAAGGGCAUGCCUAUCGGACCGGACGGCCAACGACCGUGGUCGCACGGCUUGUGUACCUGUACGGAGGAUUGUGGUUUGUUCUGUCGCGCCUGCUGCGACCCCUGCGUCAUCUACGGGCGCAACAAGCAGCGCUACGAGUACCUGCAUCUGUACGGUAUUCCUGAUACACAAAACGGCAAGGGCGAGACGGGCGACGACGCUUGCCAGAGGCACGCGUGGAUCACUUGCUUCUUUGGCUCGGGGUGGGUUUUCCAGAUCCCCCUACGCGCAAAGCUGCGCAAACGAUACGGCAUCCGUGGGAGCUGCAUGGGCGACUGCUGCAGUUCGUCUUUCUGCCAGCCGUGCGCGCUUGCGCAGGAGAGUCGGGAACUCGCGCUAGAAGAAGAGAGUCUGCGGGCGAGGGGUGUCGUCUGA